GAAUAUUUCGAGUCAUCGUGGUAAUCUCUGAAAAGCUGGCUCAUCACCUGUUAUCAUAACCGAUGAUAAUGAGUGAUUCAAUUCCUUAUCAUUACAUAAUGCUGACGCAAUCAGUCCGUCGUGAGAAUAACUGUUAGUCGGUGGCAGUAAAUCACGGCAUCAUGUGGAAAAUUUUUCUCCUAAUCCUGAAUUUUCACGCGAUUUUUGCAUUGGAAGAUGCAAAAUUCUGGAGGAACGCAGCGUCGGGGGAGAUAAAGGAGGCGCUAUCUCACAAAUGGAACAAGAAAAUCGCUAAAAAUGUUAUCAUCUUUGUGGGCGAUGGCAUGAGCAUUGAUACCAUCACAGCUAGCAGAAUUUAUCAUAGGGGCGAGACGAGUUAUCUCGCGUGGGAAAAAUUACCCCACGUGGGUCUCAUCAAGACGUACAAUACCAACAAGCAAGUGCCUGAUUCAGCAUCGACCGCGACAGCGCUGUUUACCGGUGUUAAGACAAAUUAUCAGGUGGUGGGGGUCGACAGCAAUGUCAAACUUAAUGAUUGCGAAGCGAGUUUGAAUGAUGAUUACCGUCUAACUUCGAUAAUAGAUUGGGCCCAAAACGCUGGCAAAGCUACAGGCUUCGUUACAACAACGAGAGUCACUCACGCGACACCCGCUCCUCUCUACGCCCACUGUCCAAACCGGAAAUGGGAGUGCGAACGGGAAGUGCCGAAAUCAUCGAGCGAGUGCAAAGACAUUGCACGUCAGCUGAUCGAGGACUCUCCAGGGAGGGACAUCAGAGUGAUAAUGGGCGGUGGGAGGCAGAUGCUGAAGUCCAAUGCAACAGCCACCAAAUGGGAUCCCAUAGACAAGUGGGCCUGCUACAGCUCAGACGGAAGGGAUCUCCUGUCUCUCUGGAAGGCUGAUAAGGAUUCAAGAGGACUUCGGUACACGUUAGUUCAGAAUAACAACGAGCUGAGGAAUGUGGAUCCCGAUGAGAUUGAUUAUCUCAUGGGCAUUUUUGCAAACGGUCACAUCAGUAUGGAUUGGAACAGGAAUACGGGGCCUAAUGGCCAGCCCAGUCUCGAGGAGAUGACGUCCAUGGCCAUCAAAGUAUUGAAAAAGGAGAAGAAUGGCUUCUUACUUGUGGUGGAGGGUGGCCUCAUCGACUUCGCCCAUCAUCGAGGACAUGCCGCUCAGGCACUCAGGGAGACCGUCAGGCUAUCCGAUGCCGUUAAUUCCACUCUGCAGAUGGUUGAUCUCAAGGACACUCUGGUAAUUAUUACAAGCGAUCAUUCGCAUUCUCUGAUGUUCAAUGGUUACAGCGAUAGAGGGUCGUCUAUUCUAGGCUUAUCACAAAAAUCAAAGACGGAUCAGAUUCCGUACACGAUAUUAACGUACGGCACUGGUGGCCCUAACAAUAUGGCUUACGAAGUGAAGAAUGGGAAAGCCUCGAGAAUUGAUCCGAGAAAAUUCAACACCAGUGACUUCACUUAUAGCCAACAAGCGGCUGUUAUCACUGAUGAGGCUUAUCACGGGGGUGGGGACGUACCGAUUUAUGCAAUAGGACCAUUCGCCCAUUUGUUUCAUUCAACUCACGAGCAGAACUACGUCGCACACGUGAUCGGAUAUGCAGCUAAGAUAGGUCCGUACUCUAAUGAGUCAUCCUUCUCCAGAGAAAGUUCGAUCGUAGUGAUAGCGCUGAUCGCAGUAUUCAUAUCAGUAUUAUCGUUGUGAUAUCGAUGAGACUAAUCUCAAUCUUCUCGAUAAAACACUCAAUGAAGUCGUAAGUCCUUUUAAUCGUAAAUCAUUCUGUAAUAUUAAUCAGGGGAAGGGUUCAGUAUUUUUGGAAAUCGCAAAUGUAGACUGCAAUCGAUCAAUAAAGGAGUCAUGAAUUAAUUAAUUAAAUGUAUUUCAAUCACUUCCGCGUGCCUCUUAUAUAUACAAAAAAAAAAUUUCCACAGUACACAGUAAUAUUUAAUAUUCAGUCUUAUUGCUGCAUAUUCAACAUUCAUAUCAUUUGAAUUCGUAGAUUUAUGUAUCAAUCCCUCACUUUGAGCUGACGAGAUGAAAAAACACGUUGAUAAUGA